AGCGUGUCAGCUGACCCGGCCUGACUGCGCCGUCAUCCCAGCUAUAAGCGCGACCUCCCGGGCGCUCCGCUGUGACCGGGCCGCCGCCGCCGCCGCCGCCAUGCAGCCCCCCAGCCUGUUGCUGCUCGUCCUCGGCCUGCUGGCCGCGCCCGCCGCCGCGCUCGUCAGAAUCCCGCUGUACAAGUUCAAGUCCAUCCGCCGGACCAUUUCGGAGGUGGGGGGUCCCGUGGAAGACCUGAUCGCGAAGGGCCCCAUUUCGAAAUACACCCUGGGGGUGCCCGCCAUGAUGACCGGGGGUGCAGGCCCAGAAGAGGACCCCACGCCCUGGCGUUUUCACCUCCUGCCGGCUGGCCGGUAUCUCGGAGAGGUCAGCCGGGCCCUGGGUGGGCUGGACUCCAGCACGCAGUGGAAGGUGUCCCAGUCGCUGUCCCCCACGGUCACUAUGCUCAUCCCGUUGUCCACCAGCGGUCAAUAUAGUGGGGGUCGCCUUAUAAUCAAAGGUUGCCUCUGCUCCCGUUGUGCCCCAGAGUCAGGCCCUGACUUGGCCCUAUUCUGGGGAGGGAGUCUCUCCCCUUCCAGGCACUUCCCACUCCUGAGGCUCUUAUCGAGGGUGGAGCCUGACCACAGGUUUUGUCUUUCAAAUGAGAGUCUUCCCUUAAUGUGGUCAGCAGGCCUGGCGCUGUGCCCAGGUGCCCGGGAGCCUGAAGCUCCGUGGGAUCGAGGGCAGGGGCUGGCCGGUGGGGGAGGAUGGGGUGGCCGUGACAGCAGGUCUGGACCCUGGCACCCAUCCUCUGGCCUGGGCUUCCAAGGCCUGGCUCCCAGGAUAGUGGUGGCCUUCUCUCGGGCCGGUGGAGAGGUGGGCCCCUCCCCCGCCCUGACAGCCCGUGCCCCGCACCAGGCCCAGUACUAUGGGGAGAUCGGCAUCGGGACACCCCCGCAGUGCUUCACCGUCGUCUUCGACACCGGCUCCUCCAACCUGUGGGUGCCCUCGGUCCACUGCAAACUGCUGGACAUCGCCUGCUGGAUCCACCAUAAGUACAAUAGCGGCAAGUCCAGCACCUACGUGAAAAACGGCACCACCUUCGACAUCCACUACGGCUCGGGCAGCCUCUCCGGGUACCUGAGCCAGGACACCGUGUCGGUGCCCUGUAACAUGGCUUUGUCGACCGUGCGCGGCGUCAAGGUGGAGAGGCAGACCUUUGGGGAGGCCACCAAGCAGCCGGGCAUCACCUUCAUUGCGGCCAAGUUUGACGGCAUCCUGGGCAUGGCCUACCCCCGCAUCUCGGUGAACAACGUGCUGCCCGUCUUUGACAACCUGAUGGAGCAGAAGCUGGUGGACAAAAACAUCUUCUCCUUCUACCUGAACAGGGACCCAGCGGCACAGCCAGGAGGUGAGCUGAUGCUGGGCGGCAUCGACUCCAAGUACUACAAGGGCUCCCUGUCCUACUACAACGUCACCCGCAUGGCCUAUUGGCAGAUCCACAUGGAAGGGGUGGAAGUGGGCGAGAGCUUGACGCUGUGCAAGGGGGGCUGCGAGGCCAUCGUGGACACGGGCACCUCGCUCAUCGUGGGCCCCGUGGAGGAGGUGCGCGAGCUACAGAAGGCCAUCGGGGCCGUGCCGCUGAUCCAGGGCGAGUACAUGAUCCCCUGUGAGAAGGUGUCCAGCCUGCCUGAGGUCACCGUGAAGCUGGGGGACCAGAGCUAUAAGUUGUCCUCAGAAGACUACACCCUCAAGGUGUCCCAGGCCGGGAAGACCAUCUGCCUGAGCGGGUUCAUGGGCAUGGACAUCCCCCCACCCGGCGGGCCUCUCUGGAUCCUGGGCGACGUCUUCAUCGGCCGCUACUACACCGUGUUUGACCGCGACCAGAACCGGGUGGGCCUGGCUGAGGCCGCCAGACUCUAGCCGGUCCCCUGCCCGCUGGCAGAGAACGGAGGAGAGUCCAGUAGGAGGAGGCUGGCCGCCCCCCCCGCCCUCCCGGCCCGCCCUGCCACACACACUUGCACACUCACACUUGCCCUCUCGCAGCCUGGCUCUGGAGGCCGCCAGCCCAACGGGCCGCUGUUUUGUUUUGUGGUUUUCCCUUUUCUGGUUUCAGAAGUGCCGCCUGCCCGUCUGUCUGUCUGUCUGGUGGACGGAUGGGGGCCCCGGACAGAGCGGUGGGCUGCUCCUGUGCACAGAGCCGUUUCACUAACUUGAAAGACCCAGCUUGGCUUGGCAGCCAGUCAGUGGUGUGUCCCAGGCCCCCUGCCCCCAGGUAGUCCCCUCCCUGGCCUGUGCCCCGGGGGCCUAGCUGCCUAGGCAGGGCCUCUGGGCUGAGCCCCCGCUGUGUGCCAGGCUGUCCUCUUGGCUGCCCCUCCGUCCAGCUUGAGGCCCAGGGCUGGCGCUGCUGCCCCUGCACAUCUCUUUGUCCCGGGCCCAUGGAGGAACGGGCUGCCUGAGGC